GAAAUGGGGACCAUAGAUAGAGAAGAGAGAGAGGAGAGAGAGACAGAGACUCGUAUCAUCUGAGGGCUAAAGGUGGAGACUCAUCGCAUCUUUCUGCUGCAAAAGAGAAAAAGGAAAAAAGCAAAAUCAAAACCCUAAAACAAUUUUACGAAUUUCUUCACCAGAAAAGCAAAAUCUUUAUCUCCUGAUCUCUCACACACAUAUACGCAUCAUGUACGCAUAGAUGCUGAUCGUAUCUUGGAUUGGAAAUCAUCGGACCUAAUCAAUCCACUUUUGGACCAGACGAUGAUUGCAAAAGAUUGAUCAAAACCUUUGAUUAUAUAUCCAUUUAUAUAUCUAUGUAUGUAUGUUGUGAAAUGGAGGUGAGGGUGUUUUGUGGUGUUGAUUAAAGGGAGGUGCAGUUCUUCUGGAUCUGGAACCCUAAAACAUCAGCUUGGAAAUCGAGAAGCAUCAGUUGAAGGUAACUGUUCGUAGUUCUGAUUUUGAUUACAAGAUCCCCAAAUCUGUAUCACAAAACCUUGAUUUUUUCAGUCUUUUUGAGACUUGUCUUGUGUUUGGACUUGAUUUGACCUAAAGAACCGUCGAUUUAGGGUUUAUGUUGAAGAUUUCACUGCUGAUUUCAGCUUAAUAAUAAUUAUAAUAAUAUAAUGCACAGGUCCUGUGGAUUGUAAUUUCUGUGGCGAACUUUGAUUGAAAAUUUUGGGUUAUUUUGUGAAAGAGCAAGUUGCUUAUUGUGGGGAGCUGAUCUUGAGUGGUAGGAGUUUGAAAUUAAGGUGGUUGUUUGGUACUGCGUAGUUCCAUCUCUUGGGUUUUCAUCUUCUUCAGUACAUUGUUUAAAUUCUAUUGAAACAUGCAUGCGAGGCAUCGUAGUCCUGGAAAUGGAUAUAGGUCUAAUUCCUUUGGAAUGGGUGGUGUAACUGCCGCCUCUAGGAUUUCAUCCGAAGGUUCAGUUAGAGGUCAUGGGAUGUAUAAUUCAGAGUAUCGCAGCUAUAAUCGAGGUUUUGGGCGUGGCCAGCCAAAACCAUUUCAGCAGCCGCAGAAUCCACCACAGAGAGGAGAUAUUUUUGUGGAAGCCGGUCGAUUAGCGACUGAGUAUUUGGUAUCCAAGGGGCUACUGCCACCAAACGUACUCCCCGGGAAAUGGCAGAAUGGUAGUUUGAAGAACCAGGCAGGAGAUUUUCAAGGUUUUAGGCCACAAGAAGGGGAGAACCAACUUCCUCCAGAGGGCCGAACCUCGGUUCUUGCUCGUUUGGGAAAUGUUGUUCCCAAUGCAGGGUCUGGUAGGAGAAGGUUUCCUGAUGACUAUAAUUCGCCAGGGUCGAGGAAUUAUAUGAGAGGAAAGAGAAGAAUGGGAUCCUUUAAAAAUUAUGGUUCGGACUGGAGUCAAGAAAUUGGAAGGAGUGGGUCAUGGUCGGAUAAAGCUAGGGCUUCUCCAGAUAUGGAGGGCGAUGAUGACUCUUUUUCUGUAUACCAAGAAGAGCGACAAUAUGGUAAAGACGCUGGUACUGUAGUGCAGAAAUCCCGUUCAAGUGAGUUAGCACCUCAAAGUGAUGGUGCUGGUGAUUUAGAGUCCGCAUCAGAGAAAUAUUGUGUACCAGAUGAUGUGGCUUCAAAGGCAAGUUCUUCUAGUACUGGGAAAGAUAUCCCACCUGAGAACGAUAUAGAACUUGCCAAGAGGCCUGAUGAUUUGGAAAUCAUGGAUGCGGGGACCGGUGAGGUGAAAGAUGACACUUGUAAUGAUGAAAGCAAGCAACACGGUGCCACGGAGAACCUACCUGUCCAGCAUUGUACAGCCGAGGGUGAUCAAGGGAGCAAAAAUGGCAAUAAUUUACUAAGCCUCUGCAGAUUUGCCAAAGUGCCCACAAAAACCAGAUCUUCAUUGGCACUUAAAGGUUUAAAAGUUGAUUCAGUUCCUAGUACUGAAAAGGAUUCUGACAUUAAACUUCCUGGAGGAUCUGGAAUCCCCAUUGAAGAUGUUUCUAUUGAUGGCUCGUCAGGUGAUGUGCAAUCAAAAAAAAUUAUAAGUCCAAACUGCCUCGACUCGGACAUGUUAAAAGCGGUGUCUUUCACAUCUAUGGAGGAUGCAGGAGAACUGGGUUCUGCUUACACUAUUGAGCAAGGAAGAUGCACAAGGUCCAGAUCUUUCCCAGAGAGACCUUUCAUGGUUGAACAAGAAACAAGUGAAGGGCUGCCUGGGUUUGGACGGUCCAGCUCUGUGGUUAUGGAGAGAGGUGAGAAACGAGCAGGACAACACAGCGAUGGCAGGGAGGGAACCAAGAAACCUAGAGAAUGGGUCCCCUCAAAAGUUACUCAGACUGAUGAGAACUCACACCUCUCUAACUUGAGGGAAAAGCAGGCGACUUCAGAACAGGGAAGGACUUCACCCCAUGAGAAAGUGAUAUUGGCUGCCGAUCAAGAGAGGUCAAUGGAUAUUUCUCUGUUUCCCGCAUGUGGCGCUGAACCGUGCAUUGAGUUUGCAGAAGAGAAGCAGCUUUUUCCGGGUUCAUUCAAGAUCUGUGACCUUAAUCUUAUGGAAACUUCUGAUAUGAAUGAGAAUCAUGAUGCUGAUCCACUUCUUAUUUUUCCAUCUAUUCCAGAAAUCAAAAAAGAAGCAGCACCAGUUGAUAUUGAUUUGUCCAUAAGUAACAGCAAUUCAUCUGAUAAAUACGGUAGACGUGGAGCUGCUGGAAAAGAGGUUGAGGUGAUUGAUUUGGAAAAUGACUCAGUACAUGAACACAAGGCCUCAAAUAAUUCAGAGAGAAAGGCAGAACCCGUAUUUACAGAUCUGGAGAGCUUUCCUAACCAUACACAGAAUACCAGUGAUAUUGCUGAUGCUCAGGAUGGUUAUGGGCUUAUGAUCUCGGAGUUGCUUGGAACUGAUAUCUCAAAUUGUCCCUCUGUACCACCCGACAUUAAUUCUCUGCAUAAUGAGAUGGCCCUGCAUAAUGGAGAGGGAAUUCUUGGUGAUGAUGAAUCAAUCUAUAUGUCCCUUGGAGAAAUACCAAUAAGUAUGCCAGAAAUUUAAUUUAAUGGCUUUUUGCGGGUAUGGGAGCAGCCAUCGCAGGAAUAUGACAAGCCUUUUUGAACACCCUUUGUUUAUCCAGCCAUUGCUCAAAUCUGUAAGGUGGAUAUGAUGUUUAGUUCCAGUCAUUAGCUCUGUGCUAGUGUAACUCUGUUUUAUCUUUUUUGUAUUUUUAAAUGUUUUUAGUUUGAUUUCACUUGUGGUGGAUUAUGUUAUAAGUGCCCUUCCUUCCUUUAUAGGAGUUUAAAUAAUUUGAAUUCUCUUUCCUCUUUA